AUGCCCCAUAUUGAUAACCUGAAGGGCGCAUGCGGAUCGUGGAGUGCCGCAUCCGCACCGAGCGGGAGCCGCACCACAGGUCUUCGGAGUAUGCACUGCAGCAUGUGGACUCUGCACCCUCGUCUGAUGGGAGUUCCGCUGGAUUGUGGCGCUUUUCUUACCAAUAUUAGCCCUGGAAUCGGGUCAAAUGCACCAUCUUCAAUCACUUACCAUUUGGGCUUCCUGGCUCUCGGAGCGGUUGCAGAUGAGCAAUACAAAUCUAGACCCGACUUGUCACCACCGCGUCUGAACAUUACAAUUCCAGCGACAGAAGAUGUUGGGGCUGGAUACAUUUUUGUGUGUCCCUACAGUGGCUUCACCAAGGGAAACGGCUUUGACGGCCCCGAACAACCGGCCGGCUACAUCUUCCGCAAUGAUGGCGACCUGGUAUGGUCUAGCAUGGGCUUCCUCACGGGUUGGGUUGGCAAUAUGCAGGUAUCGACCUGGAAAGGACAGCCCGUCAUCUCUGCCUUUCAGGGCAGUUUGGACAGUUUCCAUGGCCACGGUUUCGGGCACCCAACUAUUCUGAACCAAAACUACGAGAACAUUCGCGAUCUCCACGGUGGGAACCACAAGAUCAUCUCGAUCCACGAGUUCAAUAUUCUGGAUUCUGGAUCCGCCCUGGUUGAGGUCUACCAACCCACUCAAAUCGACCUGUCUCCGUACGGUGGUGUUCAGGGCGCAACCUGGAUUGUGGAUGCCAUCUUCCAAGAAAUCGACCUGGAGACGGGAAAACUACUGUUCGAAUGGAGCAGUCUACAACACGUCUCGCCUUCUCAACUCCACCUCAGCCUGGGAUUACUUUACUUUCACAUCAACAGCGUGGACAAAGACAGCCAAGGGAACUACCUCAUCUCUGCACACCACGCUUCUGCCCUGUACAAGGUCAACGGCAAGACAGGCCAGAUCAUGUCGAAGCUUGGGGGUCAGGAUUCCAGCUUCACCUACCCUGAGGAUCUGACUUUCGGAUUCCAGCAUGAUGCAAGGUUUGCGAAGAAGUCAUCGAGCGGCGGAGACGUCGAGUUUGUCUCGCUAUUUGACAAUGCAGCGCGAGCAAACGGCCAUCGUGGCGGCGGAGUUGAGAUUGUCCAUUCCAAGUCACGGGCCAAGGUCAUUCGCCUUGAUACAUCCAACUGGACCGCCUCGAUCGAACUGUCGCUUGCAUCACCAGACAAGCUUCUGGCUCCCUCUCAGGGGAAUGUGCAGACUUUGCCCAAUGACAAUAUCUUUGUUAACUGGGGUCAGGGUGGAGCGGUGACCGAGUAUCGGGCAAGCGAUGGAGAGGCCAUCUUCCACGCGUAUCUCGAUUCUGGCGAGAUCGGCGAAGGUGUUCAAAGCUAUCGCGGCUUCCGCUUUCCAUGGAACGGAUUCCCGAAAGAAACCCCCUCAAUUGUUUCCCUAGUGGACGCCAGUGGCCUGACUACAAUUUACGUUUCGUGGAACGGAGACACUGAGACGACCAAAUGGCAAUUCUAUGCCGUGCCGGCAUCGUGUGUAUCCCCUCUCAAGUGGUUCUGUAAGCCUCGCCUCUUAGGAGAAGCUAAGCGCGCUGGCUUCGAAACCUCCUUCACUGUAAAGGACCAAUCGUUUUCAUCAAGAUCGCAGCCCCUGCUCAUCUACGCCGAGGCGUUUGAUGCUCGCGGUCACCAUCUUGUUUCCACUGAGCGUGUCUUGGAGCAAGAACCAGGCAAAGCGAAAGAUGUGGUCGUGCCAAAUCUCGUCGCACAAAGUGAGCUGUAA